AUGUCAACCAGCGUCGCCCCUCCAGAAGAUGAACUCAAGCCUGUUUUGUUGAGUUUGAAGGCAGACAAUCCUACACUGGGCGUCGCCAAAGUGCACAAUCUCCUACUUUCAACACAUCCUGAGUGGACGGUUAGCGAAAAAAGAGUACGGAAGAUCCUGCAGAACGAAGGUCUGAUCUUGUCGACGCCUGAAGGAAAAGCGUUAUCAAACAGAUCGGGCAUCGUCUACCCAUCUUCUCGAAUAAUUGAGAAGCUUGACGUUAGCAAGUGGAGUAAAAAGAUAGAAGUGAAGUACUUUGAUCACAUCAAAGGCAAAGGUCUUACAGCGAAGGAGAAAAUAGCUGAUGGAGAGGUUUUGUGGAAAGAGGAUCACUUUGUAAUUGCUCCUGAGUGGGAAAUAUAUAACCUUCAAACUUCAUCUCGGGCAUGUGCAUUCUGUACUACCCCACUUUCCGAAUCCAAGUUGAUCAUUGCAUGCCCUGCUUCAACAUCUGCUUCAUUUUGUCCCGCCAUGUUUUGCAACCGCCUUUGCCUUGCACGAUCAGCCAAGACCCACCCUCUGUUGUGCCCAUCUCGUAAUCCUGCUUCUGUUCCCUUGCUGUCGUUCGUCAAGAAAGCUCAAUGGAUGGCUCUGCAUGCCCUGGCUCAAUGUACAAGUCGACUCUUGCUAGCUGCCCAACAGGAUGAACAGUUAUUCUCCGAGGAUUGGCAGAUUGUUCGUGGAUUCGCCGAGCUAGGAAUGGAAGAACGUUUCCAAUCUAUGCGUGAUCAAGGACUCGAACCAGACAGGGAAAACUGGCAGAGGGCAUACAAACUGUACUUACAGGCAUUCAAGGAACCUAUAUCAGUGGUUGACCGCAAGAAAUUGUCGCGAAUACUUAAGAAGUCUACGACUCCGGAACUGGAUAAAGAGUUAUUUGAAUAUGAUGCUUUCCUUCGGGGACUGGGGCGUAUGAGUCUCAAUCUCGAGGCUCAUGGCGGUCUAUACACUCUUCAUGCUCAUCUCAACCAUUCAUGUACUCCCAGCAUCUCAGUACGACACCUUGACCAGCACAACGCUCUUUCUCGAAUUACCAUCAUUGCCAGGAAGGAUAUUGAUGCGGGAGAAGAACUCUUCAUUUCCUAUGUCAAUCCUGCCGCUAGACUGAAAGAGCGACGACGCAACCUUGCAGAAUGGGGUUUUGGGCAGUGUCAAUGCGAGCGUUGCCUAAGCGAAGAAAAUAUGGACAAAGAGUCAGGGACAAGCCAUGAUGAAACUGAUGACUUGGCAAAAGAACUCAAAGCUGGGCUGGGAGUUCUAUAGGGAGACCGUUAAAAAUGUUUUUUUUUUGUCUCAUUGGUGGCUUUAACCGUAAAAUUUGAUAUCCGUUCGGUCUC